AUGAGUGAGGCGGUGACAUUGGCGUUGACCCUCGAUGACCUCCAGGCCGAGGCUGACAGGCGCAACAACCCGGUGCUCACCCCCUUGAUGGAAGAGGACAUCGCGUACAUUGAAGCCUUGUACAACUCCGGUGCUAAGCUAUGGACCAAGGAGAUGUUCGUCUCGGUUGAGGCUGAGCUUUCCAAGCAACCCCUUCCCCAGUUUGUUGAGCUUCGAAGCAUGAAUGGCAAUGUCAGGCAGAAGCGGCUUCCGCGGGCACCAUCCGUCUCUCCCCAACGCCCUGGAGGAGGCUCCAUGGGCCGUCCACUACCUUUCAUUCGGUACUUCCUUUACCAGGACCUCAAAGCCAUCGUCAGCGAGGAGGAGCAUGACCACAACCUUGGCGAAGCAGUGGCAACCCUCAGUGACGAGAUAAGACGCACACUGGCUACUCGCGCCAUGUCCAUUUCGCUCAUCAGUUAUGCUCCCACCUCUAUUGACUACGACAGGAUCAGAGGGGAAUGGGAUGCCGUCGUGAACCAUCGUUGGCCUCUUAGCCACACCUGCGCAGAGAUCACCAAAGUUCUGGCCGAACAAGCCGCAAUCUCAAAGAACAUUAACAAGAUUGUCUGCUUUGGCCUCGGCAGCCUUGGAUGGUCUAUUGAGAUAGAAGAUGAGCGCUACGAGCCUGCUGAUAGAGUUUACUCUGCGAUCGUUCAGCAUGCAGCGGCUCUCACAAUUGCAAAAGUGAUUGGCAAGCGGUUAGAUGUUGGCGGCCUGACGGUAUUCUGCCAGGACCCCAUCUACAGUGCUGCUGACAAGCGUGUGCUUGCCGAGGCUGGAAUCCAAGUCGUCGGUGGCCGCGGCGGCCUCGCAUUUACCUAUAUUGACGAGAAUACGGUCGUCAUCAGCUGUCACCCCAACAUUCCCGUGAAGCAAGUGGUUGCCGACCUGGGCAAGCCUGCUAUCUUGAUCUGCAACGAGGUCAAAGAGGAGGGCGAAGAGAAGUGGAGGGUGUUUGAAAGGCAUGGUAACUUCGGCCUACUCUCACCCUACCCGACCGAUCACGACUCCCCACGUACGCGAGAGAUGGUCAAGGGGUAUCAUAGGUUCCCGUUUCCCCAAGAUCGCCUGGGAUUUGGCGACAUACAAAUCUACGUCCGCAAAGAUCCGAUCAACGAGGCAUCCAGCAGCGUAGCCCAUGAGACUGUCAAGGACGUCACUGGCGAGGCUGCCAAGGACCUUUCAGGUGAAAGCUCGAAGGGCAUCGCCGGCGGUGUUCCCACAGACGCCAAUUUCGAGGCUCCUGAGGAGGCCACCGACAAGCCCUCCAAGGGAAUCACCAUCAAGAAUUCCAGGAGCAUUACUGACGAGGGCUCCAAGGACUCUGCGCGUGAAACUCCCCAAGGAGUCGCUGACGAGGCUUUCGAGUACGCCACUGGCGAUACUCCAAAUAACGUCUACGGCGUGAUUUUCAAGAACAUCAACUGGAAGGCUUCUAAAAGCAUCACUGACGAGACUGCCACGGACGCUGAAGCUGAGGCCCCCAAGGGCGUCACUGGCGAUAUUUCCAAGGACGUUAUUGGCAAGGCUUGCAAGGACUCGUCUGGCUGA